AUGGACGGGCCUCUAAGUCCCAGAGAGUCGGCACGAUUCGUGGCCGAGAACAGUGAGGACGUGUCCAUCGACGACGCGGGCGUGCGAAGCGUGGCGCAGCUGCUGCUGGCCAGGGCGGGCGGGCCGGAGCUGCGCGUGGGCGCCUGGAGGGCUCUGCACGAGCUCAACCCCCGCGCGGCCGACGAGGCGGCGCUCAGCUGGGUGUUCCUCACCGACACGCUCAAUUUCUCUUUCUGGAAAAUUCUGCUUGAGAAGUUUGGAGGCUCUUUUCUUAAUUGUAUCAAAAAAUGUGAAAAAAGUGCACAAAAGUUAAUGUACCUGGUAGUUGAAAAUUUUCCUUCUUACAGAGAUGUGACACAGUUUAAGGGGAAAAGAAUUUCUUUUUAUAAACGAGCUCAAAUCCUUGUGGCAGAUACGUGGAGUGUGCUAGAAGGAAAAGGGGAUGGCUGCUUUAAGGACAUCUCGAGCAUCACCAUGUUUGCUGACUAUAGAUUACCUCAGGUUCUCCUUCAUCUCGGGGCCCUGAAAUACUCUGAUAAACUAUUGAAGAAGCUUCUUAAAGGAGAAAUGCUCUCAUAUGGGGAUAAACAGGAAGUAGAAAUCAGAGGGUGCUCAGUUUGGUGUGUUGAGCUGAUUCGGGAUUGUCUUCUGGACCUCAUUGAAAAAAAGGAUGAAAAAACUAAUGGAGAAAUCAAUUCUGUUCUUCUGGAUUAUUAUUUAUGGGACUAUGCACGUGAUCACAGGGUUGACAUGAAAGGAAUUCCAUUUCAUCAUACACGUUGCAUAUAUUACUGA